AUGCCAGCACCGCGGAGGAUGCGCCAGCUCCAGCAGCCCGGAACUCUACGGGUGCAGGAAAUGAGAUCACAGAGGUCCUCGGCAAGCCGAGUGGCCAGGCUUCGGCUCCGGAGCCAGCAAAGAAGCCGACCAUCGAUCUCCCGGUUCGGGACGAGGCUGUUAGGGAUGGAGACAGCCACGAGGCUCGCUUCGAAAAUGGGGAGGAGGUGCAGUAUUUCAGCGAGACGAAGGAACGAUGGAUCGACGCGGUCGUGGAAGGCCACCACGCCAAGGACGGGGCCAUCGUCACCUACGACCUCAAUUGCAAGAAGGGGGUUCCGGCUGAGCGGCUGCGCCACUCUGGGGUCCAGUACAAG